CUGUUGACAAGUUGAUGAUUUUUGUGUUUCCUGUGUUGUGAUUGCAAACUCAGCAGAAGGGUGUGGUCAAGCUACAGAGCUCACAUGGCGGGAUGACCAAGCGGUACAGAAAGAUAGACUUCCUUGGAGAAGGACAAUUUGCUACUGUGUACAAGGCUGAAGACACAGAAGAUCAUGGGCAGAUUGUUGCAGUUAAGAAAAUCAAAUUGGGUAUUACCUCUGAGGCCAAGGAUGGGAUUAAUAGGACUGCUCUUCGAGAGAUCAAAUUACUCCAAGAACUUAGCCAUCCAAAUAUAAUCAGCCUUAAGAAUGUAUUCGGACAUAAAUCAAAUAUCAGUUUAAUCUUCGAUUACAUGGAUACAGACCUCGAAAUGAUUAUUCGUGAUCCCACCAUUAUCCUAUCCCCGGCGAACAUCAAGGCAUAUCUGGUAAUGAUGUUGCAGGGACUAGAAUACCUUCACAAGUACUGGAUUCUUCAUCGCGAUUUGAAGCCUAACAACCUCCUAAUUAAUAAUGUUGGUGUGCUUAAAAUCACCGAUUUUGGAUUGGCCAAGGCGUUUGGGAGCCCAUCAAGACCUCUAACUCAUCAUGUAGUUACCCGAUGGUACAGAAGCCCUGAGCUUUUAUUUGGUGCACGGUUGUAUGGUACUGGUGUAGACAUUUGGGCUUUAGGCUGCAUUGCCGCUGAGCUAACGAUAGGAGCACCUUUCCUACCUGGUGAUACAGACCUGUCUCAGCUCACAAAGAUAUUUGAGGUACGAGGAACACCCUCAGAGGAAACAUGGCCUGGGGUGACAAAACUGCCUGAUUUUGUGAAAUACAAUGAAAUGUCUGGUAUUUCAUCUGAAGAGAUCUUUACAGCUGCCAGCAAUGACCUAAUUCAACUGUUAGAUUGGUGUCUCACAUUGGAUCCUUCAAAGAGAUGCACAGCAACUCAAGCACUGAAGAGCGACUAUUUUAGCAAUACCCCUGCACCUACUCCCGGCUCCCAGCUACCACUGCCCAAGACAAAGGAUGAGAAGAGAGUGGAGAGAGUCAAUGUCGUUAAAAGAGGACUGUUCAAAACUCCUCCUAAGUAACACCCUAGAGUAAGCAUUGUUUUAAGUAAUAAUGCAUAAGCAGCUAUAUCGUGAAUGUGAACACUUCCCGGUAUGUCCAUCCUAAUGCAUAUAAUUACCUUUAGCUAGUCCCUAUAGAUAAAUCUACGGUUAUACUCACCUGUGAUACUUGUUUUUGUUGCUUCAAUAAUACCCUAUUCAUUGAUUGUUAUGAAUAUCUAAUGAAUUAUUGUCUGUUGUGUUGUCAAG